UAUCCUCACCCCCAUUUUUCAUAACUCUACGCCUCCCUUCCUAAUCCCAGAGUGCAUUUCACAUCCCCCUAAUUUUCUCCGCAAAACCCUCGUCCUCGGCAUCCUCCUCGAUCCCCGGAGAUGGCCGGCGCCGGGAGCUACGGCAAUGCCGGAGGUGGUGCCGACUUCCACCUCCCCGACGAAAUCCUCUCCGUGAUCCCCACCGACCCCUACGAGCAACUUGACCUCGCCCGCAAGAUCACGUCAAUGGCCAUCGCGUCCCGAGUCUCGAGGCUUGAGUCGGAGACUGGAAGGCUUCGCCAGAAGGUCGCUGAGAAGGAUCGCUCCAUUGCUGAGCUCCAGGAUAGGCUCUCGCAUCUCGAGCACGUUUUUCAGGAUGCCGAUGCUCGGCUCCAGUCCGUUCUCGAAGAGAAUAUUAAGCUGUCCAAGGAGCGGGAUUCACUAGCUCUGACUUCGAAGAAAUUGGCAAGAGAUUUGGCGAAGUUGGAGACAUUUAAAAGACAUUUGAUGCAAUCACUGAAUGAAGAUAACCCAUCUCUAGCAGAAACAAUUGAUAUUCAGACUUAUGAUCAGUCAAUUCCUAAAGACCCUUGGAAAGAUGAGUGUUCCAUUGGUCGUGCUUCAUCAGACGUUGUUAGUGGAUCUACAGAUAUGGGGAGCAUGAAUCAAGAUGGAUCGAGACUUGUCACUCAGAAAUCUUCAAUCAGUCCAUACAUCACUCCUCGUCUGACCCCGUCAGCUACACCAAAGAUAACAUCCUCUGGUGCAUCUCCAAGAACAUAUUCUACUGCAGGUUCACCAAAAAUGACAUCAGGUGUUACAUCACCUACAAAACCACGAUAUGAUGGGCACACUGCAUUGACACCAUGGUACCCACAGAGCGAGCGGUCAUCUGCAGCUAGUUCUCCUCCUCGUGGGCGCUCUUUACCAGGCCGAACACCUCGUAUAGAUGGAAAGGAGUUCUUCCGCCAAGCUAGGAGUCGGCUCUCAUAUGAACAAUUUGGAGCAUUCUUGGCUAACAUCAAGGAGCUUAAUGCUCACAAGCAGUCCCGAGAGGAAACUUUGAGAAAAGCAGAAGAGAUUUUUGGUACAGAUUGCAAGGAUCUUUACGUAUCAUUUCAGGGCUUGCUCAACCGCAGCCUGCCGUAGCUCACUUUUUAUAUGGGAAAGAUGUCUGUGUUGACACCAGGUGAAACAGAAACUGAAUGUCACACACGUAAUGCAUUUUCCUCCAAUUACGCAUUGGAUCAGAAGUAGAAGAGAAGAUGCUGUUGAAGCUUGACUGUGGGGAAUUUUUAGAUCCCUGUGUGGAUGGUUUUGAAUGGUUUCCAUCUGCAUUUGGAUGAAAUGGUGUUAAUUUUUGAAUGAGAAAACCCAGUUACUGCAACCAGGACAAUUUUAUUUUGUUUUAAUGAUAUUUUUGUGUUGUUCA